CAGAAUAAUAUAUCUGUUAAUAGCUGUGGCGCAAGUGAAGUUUUUACUGUUUUUACAAACAUGGCUGAUUGCGUUUGGGGUUGAAGUGUGGUAAAUUGUUAAUUUUUGUUAGAAUAUUAUUGAGCGUAAGAUGAUACUUAAAUAAAAAAAGUUGUACACCUCCUUAUAGGAAAAUAGAUUUUCAAGCGUAGCAUUGAUAUGCUGAUGUUUGAAGCGGACCCAGCACAUUACCAGCUGUGCUCCGUCCUGGGUCAUUGCUGUGAAGAUACUGCUACAGUUCAUCUUGCCAGACAUCUCCCUUCUGGUACAUUAGUUGCUGUUAAGAAAUUUAAUAUGGACAAACCAAAGCAAGAAGCAAGUCUUAUCCAGCAUGAAAUAAUCUUGACAAGACAGCUGCAACAUCCAAAUGUUUUGCCAUACCAUGCAGCAUUUGUGUCAGGUCCAGAGGUAGUAGUUGUGUCACCCCUGAUGGCAUAUGGUUCCUGCAAGGAUCUGCUGUCCAGUCAUUUUACAGAUGGUCUUCCUGAGUUGGCCAUUGCAUCUAUUCUCCGGGAUGUUCUCCAAGGACUUGAUUAUGUCCAUCGAAAAGGAUACAUUCACAGAGCAAUACGGGCCAGCCAUAUCUUAGUUUCAAGCUGUGGGCGAGCAUGCCUGACUGGUCUGCGGUAUGCAUGUCGGAUAGUAGAGCAUGGUCGUUGGCAGCGUUCUGUGCACUCAUUUCCACGCAGCACAGCAUGCAACCUCAACUGGCUGAGCCCUGAGGUGUUAGAACAGAAUCUGCAUGGAUACAAUGAGAAGUCGGAUGUGUACAGCAUAGGAAUGACAGCAUGUGAGCUUGCAAAUGGAGUAGUUCCAUUUGUGGACACACCGACCACAUUGAUGCUGACUGAGAAGGUGCGGGGCCAUGCACCACAGUUGUUGGAUCACACCACAUAUUUGUGUGACGAGGAUGGGGGACAACAACUGGGACUCCAUGUGCAUCAUGCAGACUCUGGUGUAGGGGACAGUGUUGCAAGCAACAUGAUGCAAUUGAAGAACAUGCAGCAGCGAAGGUUCUCAGAACCCUUCCACCAGUUUGCUGAACUGUGCCUCCAGAGGGACCCUGCCCUGCGGCCAUCAGCUAGUCAGCUCCUUGCACACUCCUUCUUCAAGCAGUGUCGUCAGCGUCAUAGUGACACUUUUCCCACCGUGCCACAGCUCCUGCACCCAGUCAUGCCAAUCUGUGACCGCAGAAUUGACAGUCAAGAUGACCUGGCAUCCAUCUUGGCUGCUGAGAAGCUUUCAGAGUUAGAGAUUGAACCUGACCAGUGGGACUUCUGACCUGCCUUGUUUGCAGCUCUUCUAUGAAGAGUUGUUUUGCUGACAACAAGUGUCUUAACUCAUUGCUUAUGCAUUAGCUUCCUUCUGUUUGUGUAAUGACUCUAAGUCAGCAUAAUAAUUACUGUAAUAUAGAGAGCAUAAGGAUGGUACAAAGAACCACAAAAAUAUGUAAUUUAUGUUGUAAAAAUGUGAUAGGAAAUAAAAGAAUUGUUAUCUUAA